AUUGUUAAAUAAUAAAAAUUAUUUUAAAAUAAAAACAUCAAACAACAAUAACAAUUGCAAAGUGUUAAUUUAGUUUUGUGUUUUUGUGGAUUUAUUUUUCGAAGUUGAUAUUUUUGUCGUUAUUUAAACGGUAUGUUUUGAAAUUGUUGCGCUUGGUUACACGUGAUUGUGUUUCAAACUUAAGAAAUAAAUACUACGAGUAUGUGUAACUAAAUUGUAAUGAAUGACAUUCGAUACUUCGAAUACUUUACACAUCCAUCCAAAAAUAUUCACAGAUUCAAAAUAGUUAAAACUAUUUGCACACACAAGACUACAUAUACACAUGUAGUGUUUAUAAAUUAAAUAUAAUUAUUAUAAUAAUGUGCCUACAACAAACAUCCAUAUAAUGGAAUGUUGAUAAAAUUGGACAAAAAUAAAAUUUAAUUAAGAAAAAGAACCAAAAAUAUUAGUACAAAAAUAAAAAAGGAACAAAAUAGAAAAAGAAAACAAAGGGAAACAACAAAAAAGUGAUAACAAAGACCAAAUAAAUUAAAUAACAUGCAGUAUCAGCCUGGUUCAUGGUACCUACCAUGGGGAAUACCAAUACAAAAAAUGCUAACAAUGCCGUAUCCUCAACCAGGAUCUCCAAAUGCAGCAACAAUUAGUCCCUAUGCAGCGACAAACAAUCCAACCCUAACAUGCCAAGUCUUGCCGAACCAACAUCCCAGCAAUGUUAACAACAAUACUGCUGCUACAAUUCAAGUGCAAACAGCAGCGGCAGCAGCAGCAGCAGGGGGACAUACCUAUCAACAUCCAAGCUUUCAUCCGAAUGCUGUGGGGACAUUUGCUUGCAAUAAUACACCAACUACUCUACACCACAAUACAUCGGCAAUAGCUCCGGCAGCACAACAGCAUACAGCAUCUACCAUGCCAACACCAAACCUGCUUAAUGGCCACGGACAUGGUCUUCAACAUCUGCAAAGCUCCCAAUUGCAGAAUAACCAUACGCAACAUCCAAAUACAUUACUACCAUCAUCUGCAGCAGCUGCUGCUGCGGCCGCUAUGUUUUCACCACUUGCCCUGCGUACAUAUUUAGCCUCAUCUGCUGCAGCUGCUGCCGCAGCACUUAAUAAUCCAUUGACUGGAGUAGCCAACCAAACAACGCUAUCGAGUUGUUCACAAGUGAUACCUCAACAAACAACAACAAAUCAGGUCAAUACGACGACCCCUCAAUUAACAUGUGUUCCAUCUUCUCCAUCUCCCCAACAUCUCAACAGUCACAGCCAUCAUCAUCAUCAUCAACAAACCCUACCGGCAGCAAUAAACUUGAAUGUUGACGUCGUUGCAAUGCGUCAUCAUGUUAAUAAUAUAAAUGCGGCCAACAAUCUUUCAAUUUCUUUGAAAAAGUUGCUGCCACCCACUGAUAAGGAGAAGCCAAAAACUCAAAAUCCUGAAAAGAGAAAAGCAGAGGAUUCGGAUCAAUUGAAAGAUUUGAAAAAGGCAAAAUUGGAAACAAAAGCAUUAAAGGCUAAAAGACCCGGUUUUACUGAUGAGCGAUAUCACGAGACUUCGUACUACAUUGAAAAUGGAUUACGAAAGGUGUAUCCAUAUUAUUUUACUUUUACAACAUUUACCAAAGGACGCUGGGUUGGUGAAAAGAUUCUGGAUGUGUUCGCUCGUGAGUUUAGAGCACAUCCAGCUGAAGAAUAUGAACGUUGCAUUAAAUCGGGAACGUUAACUGUGAAUUAUGAAAAAGUGCCUGUUGAUUACAGACUUAAACACAAUGAUUUGUUAGCAAAUAUUGUUCAUCGACAUGAAGUUCCAGUUACUAGUCAACCAAUCACAAUAGUACACAUGGACGACGAUAUUGUGGUUGUUAACAAACCAGCAUCUAUACCAGUUCAUCCAUGUGGCAGAUAUCGCCAUAACACAGUGGUUUUUAUAUUGGCCAAAGAAUAUAAUUUAAAAAAUUUGCGUACAAUACAUCGUUUAGAUCGUCUUACUUCAGGUCUUCUUUUAUUUGGUCGCAGUCCCAAAAAAGCACGACAAAUGGAACAUCAAAUUCGAAAUAGACAAGUACAAAAGGAAUAUAUUUGUCGCGUGGAAGGUGAUUUUCCAGACGGAAUUAUUGAAUGCAACGAACCAAUUGAAGUAGUAAGCUAUAAAAUUGGAGUCUGCAAAGUGUCACCAAAGGGCAAAGAUUGUACAACAACAUUUCAAAAAAUCUCUUACAAUGGACAAACAAGUGUUGUAUUGUGCAAACCACUAACUGGGCGUAUGCAUCAAAUUCGCGUUCACUUACAAUAUCUGGGAUUCCCUGUUGUUAACGAUCCUUUGUAUAACCAUGAAGUAUUUGGACCCCUUAAAGGCCGCGGUGGUGACAUUGGUGGCAAAACUGACGAAGAGCUUGUACGUGAUUUAAUCAAUAUUCAUAAUGCUGAAAAUUGGUUGGGUAUCGAUGGUGACUCAGAUAUAUCAAUGUUUAAAACUAUCAAGGGAGACUGUGAUGUUGACACUAUAAGUUUAGGAAGCGAAACAAAAGGACAUGUUUUAAGUGAUGACGAUUCUGAAAUAACAUCGCGUGAAACAUCUCCCACUUGCCCCAACAGUCCAAGACUCACAGAGCCGGCUUCACAACAUUUGAAAAACUGCAUUGAAAUGGCACAAGUUAAAAAUACGGAUGCGACAGAUAUUAAUAAUCAUAAAACUGCCGAUACUAACAAUAGCAAUGAAGUAUAUGAGAAAAAUGAUUCGUAUUCUCACAUCAAGGUAGAAGUAACAGUUGCUACACAAACUGGCCACGAAUCUCCAGACAUGGCAUUUAAUGCUGAAAAAAUGACUUCUGACAAACAUUGCUAUGAAUGUAAAGUUCGCUACAGAGAUCCUAAACCAAAGGAUCUUGUUAUGUAUUUGCACGCCUGGAAAUAUAAGGUAUGUAUUAAUAUUGAUAUAGGGAAAUCGUAAGUCAUAUAUUUAUUACCAGGG